AGCAAGCAUGACUGGCACUACACAGACCUCUUCGGCCAGCCCUCCUACUGCUGCGUGUGUGCUCAGCACAUCCUCCAGGGCGCCUUUUGCAACUGCUGCGGCCUGCGUGUCAGCGAAGGCUGCCUCAAGAAGGCUGACCAGCGUUUUCAUUGCAAGGAGAUUAUGAUGAGCAAGAGUGGAGCCCACAGCUCCAUGCCACACCACUGGAUCAGAGGCAAUGUCCCGCUCUGCAGCUGCUGUAUGAUAUGCAAACAGCAGUGUGGCACGCAGCCCAAGCUCUGCGACUACAGAUGUGUGUGGUGUCAGUACACUGUCCAUGAUGAAUGCAUGAUGGAUUAUUUAAAGACACAGAAGUGUACAUUUGGAGAAUUCAGAGACUUAAUUAUUCCACCAUAUUAUUUGUCUACAAUCAACCAGAUGCGUAAAGAGAAAAGAACUGAUUAUGAGAAGGUAGCACCUUACUGCAGAAAGCACUGGAUGCCAGUAAUUGUACUGGCCAAUACUCGCAGUGGAAACAACAUGGGUGAAACUUUACUAGGAGAAUUUAAAAUUCUGCUGAAACCUGUUCAGGUUUUUGAUCUAAGCAAAAUCACACCUGCUAAAGCACUCCAACUUUGUACCUUGCUGCCUUGCAAUGCUGUCAGGGUUCUUGUCUGUGGUGGGGAUGGCACAGUAGGCUGGGUCCUGGAUGCCAUUGAUGAAAUGAAGAUAAAGGGGCAAGAACGUUAUAUUCCACGAGUUGCAAUUUUACCUCUGGGAACAGGUAAUGACCUGUCUAAUACACUGGGCUGGGGUGCAGGUUAUGCUGGAGAAGUCCCUGUAGAACAAAUCUUACAAAAUGUCAUGGAGGCAGAUGGAAUCAAACUAGACAGAUGGAAGAUUCAAGUAACUAACAAAGGAUACUACAACUUAAGGAAACCAAAGGUAUUCACAAUGAACAACUACUUCUCUAUAGGACCUGAUGCUCUCAUGGCUUUAAAUUUUCAUGCUCAUCGUGAGAAGACUCCCUCUCUGUUUUCCAGCAGAAUUAUUAAUAAGGCAGUUUAUUUUUUUUAUGGAACCAAAGACUGCUUAGUACAAGAAUGUAAAGAUCUUAACAAAAAAGUUGAGCUAGAGUUGGAUGGUGAGAGAAUCGAGUUGCCCAAUUUGGAAGGCAUCAUUGUCCUGAAUAUUGGAUACUGGGGAGGCGGCUGCAGGCUCUGGGAAGGAGUGGGUGAUGAACCUUACCCCUUGGCGAGAUAUGAUGAUGGACUUCUGGAAGUUGUUGGUGUUCAUGGUUCUUUCCACUGUGCCCAGAUUCAGGUCAAACUAGCAAAUCCUGUUCGCCUGGGGCAGGCACAUACAGUGAGGCUGAUCUUGAAGAGCUCAAAGAUGCCGAUGCAGGUGGAUGGAGAGCCAUGGGCUCAGGGGCCCUGCACUGUUACCAUAACUCAUAAGACACAUGCACUGAUGCUGUACCACUCGGGUGAACAAACAGAUGAUGACACUUCCAGCAGUUCUGAGGAAGACCACGUGAGAGAACUGACAGAUGAAGAUACAUAG